UCUGAAGUAUCUCUCUAAUGUUUAAUUUAAUAUUCAUAUUAUUUAGAUAAAUCGCUGAGAUCAGCCAGCCAUGCCCAUACUCAACACUCCAAAUGCCCGAAUCUGUGUGUGUAUGAUCCUAAAAUUCGUUGCCACUGCCUCAGUUGGUUAAUUUUACACUCUAAUUAUAUCCAAAUUCUCUGUGUUCGAGCUCAAUUUGCUUCUCCGAUUCUGAAUUAUCGACCCCUUUUGACCUUCAAAUGGCGAUCUCUGGCUUUCGAGCUCUUCUAUGGUGGAGCAAAUGGUCCAAGAAAGACUGGGCGAUUGCAGUUAUCUGUUUCGUUUUCAUUGUUUUCGUUUUUUCUUUCCUCUCCGAUUCUUGGCAUGCUGAAGACAGUGUCGUCAACCACAAUUUCGAUCUCAAUCCCGCCGAUGACCCCGAUUUGGUUGACCUAUCUUUGCUGCACAAUGCCAAAGCAAAAGGCGCUCUAUGUCUUGAUGGGAGUUUGCCUGGAUACCAUUUUCAGAAAGGCUUCGGAUCUGGUUCUAGCAAUUGGGUUCUUCAUAUUGAGGGUGGAGGUUGGUGCCAUACAGUCUCGUCUUGUUCAUCGCGUAAAAUGACCCCGUUAGGUUCAUCAGACUACAUGGAGCGUCGUGUUCGUUUCUCUGGAAUUUUAAGUAGUGAUGCGUCCCAAAAUCCGGAUUUCUAUAAUUGGAACAAAAUCAAGAUACGUUACUGUGAUGGAGCAUCAUUAGCAGGCCAUCCUGCGGGUGAAACAAAUGUACAACAUAUUCAAAAUGGAAAUAUACUUUAUUUCAGAGGCCAGCUCAUCUGGGAAGCCCUUAUGGAUGAACUCUUAUCUGUUGGCUUGUCAAAGGCAAGGCAGGCUCUUCUUUCAGGGUGCUCUGCUGGGGGCUUGGCUACCCUUAUUCAUUGUGAUGACUUCAGAGAGCUUUUACCAAAGGAUGCAACAAUCAAGUGUCUUGCUGAUGCUGGAUUUUUCCUUGACGAGAAAGAUGUUUCGGGAAAUCAUACAAUGAGAUCUUUCUAUCAUGAUGUUUUCAACCUUCAGAAAACUGGUAAAAGCUUACCCAAGGAUUGUACAGCUACAGACGAGCCAUCUAAGUGUUUCUUUCCUCAAGAAGUUAUCAAACAUAUAAGCACCCCGUUGUUUCUUGUCAACCCAGCUUAUGAUUUUUGGCAGAUACAAAAUGUCUUGGUGCCAAACGCAUUAGAUCCUGCUGGCUCUUGGCAGAAAUGCAGGCUUAAUAUAUUUAAAUGUGAUCAUGCUCAGCUUGAAAUUCUUCAAGGGUUCCGGGACUCUUUGCUGAAGGCAGUGAAUGACUUCAAGCACAACAAGGAAGGAGGACUUUUUGUAAAUUCUUGCUUCAUCCACUGCCAAACAUGGAUGUCUGAGACAUGGCAUUCCCCCAAUUCUCCUAGGAUAAAUAAGAGGACUAUAGCAGAGGCCGUGGGUGAUUGGUACUUCAAACGAAAUUCAGUGAAGCUAAUCGACUGCCCUUUUCCAUGCAAUCCUACCUGCAUUCAUAUGGAUUUUAGCCGAGGUUAGCAUAUUGGAAUUAAGGACUGCUUCAGCCUUUUCUGUUGUCAUUCAUCUGCAAUUUCUUAAAGUUCUGGGGGGUAAACAUCUUUGUCCUUGUCCGAAACUUGGGUUCCAUAAACUAAAACAGAGGUAUCAUACAUGAUCGUUUUCUAGGGCAAGAUUUUAUUUUAGUUCACUGCUUCUGAAAGCUAAGAUUAGAUCUAAAAAAACAUAGGACUCUUGGUUUCUCUGGAGGCCUUAUGCUUACUUCGUCCUCACCUUUUCUAUAUAUCAUUGAUCACUUCCAAUGAGGUUUUUUUUUAUUUGUUUAGAAUCUUUAGAUUACAGGCGUCUUUUCUUUUCUUUUUUUUUUUUUUUGGCUUUUUUAGUUGAUAGGCUUUUCCCUCCACGUUUUGUACAUUAUCUUAAAGUUUUGUCGCCCCACCAACAUAUUGUAACUUGAUAACUAGACCUGUACUAUCAUUCUUUGUAGCCCUUGAUGUUUUUUAGAUUCUUACGUGCUCCGAGUCAGCCAUAAAUGUGCAAGUGGGUUUUGAAUGCUGAUUAUUUUGAAAA